GACCAAUUUUGACAGAUAAGCCCAUAAAAUUAUCUGAACUUGUGCUACAGCUGAGUGAAUUUUUAACUAAAUCAAAAUGUUCGCCAUCAGAAAUCUCGUCAGGAGCAAUGCCCAACUAGCCAAGAAUGUGGCCCAAGUGAGAAAUAUGAGUGUGACUGCUACUCCGGCCAGGAAUAAGGUCUCAAAAGGCGAGCUGAUCGUCUUGGCCAGCAUGAUGGUGAUUGGUUGGUCAGCGAUCCCUGCAUGGGUGCUUGUUAACAUCAAACACUACCGCGACAAGAACUAAAUGAAUGUUACCUCUAUAGUAGUUUACAAAUAUUAAUGUGAUCAGCUUAACUUAUAAGUAAAAAUGCUUAAAACAU